AAUCAUUAAUAUUGCAUGCCUUUUGAAAUCAACAGCAGCCGUUCCUACCAAUCUCCAACUCCGAUGGGCGAUUCAUACCCACCCACUAACUGAAUUGGUAGCUUCAUUUGAUAACUUCUUGGUUUUUCCAUUUCUGUUGGCUUUAGAAAUGUUUUGCUGAUAAAAGCGGCAGCUCUUGUGUAUCAAUUUCCACAUAAAGGCGCCAAAGAAAACUGAAUUAAUUUGACGACGGUUGCUCGUGGUACGGUAGUAGUCGCUGAGUCGCAGAUAGCCUUAAUCUCAAGUGCUUCCCUUUGAACUCGAAGUGCGACGUUGGUUUUGAAACGUUGAAAAGGCUUAAAUCUUGUACAUUGACCCGGUAUCGCCCCUCUUCCCAAUAUUCCUUUGCUGGUGCAAUGCAUAAAACCCACUAGUUUUACUGAAGAAAAGCAAUUACAAUCUAUCACUCCAUCAAAGCCAGCAGGGUAAAGGAAAUCUCGUGAUAUUUCUAUGCAGUGCAAGAUCAACAACCAACAAAACAACAAUAUGAAGGCCUUUUCCGUAUGGUUUUUUCUCUCCGUGGCAAUCUACACGAUUUUAGCUGUUCCUUUGCCUCAGCAACAAGGAAACGAUCCCUUUAGCAGUAUGUCUAGAACCUUUAACGAGAUGGCUGCUAAUACAUUCAAUUCAGCUGCCGCUCAACAAGCAGCUAAUCAGCAGGCCCAUCGACAGGCCCACCAUCAGCAAUCUUCCUGGCUAAGUCCAGGAGCUGGAGGUGCUGCUAGUACAGCAGCAGGUUCAUCCGGACGUGGCCAUCAGGGUUCCUCUGUACGCAGGACGGGAACAGGGUGGCAACAUGCCUCAGCCUCUUCCUCAGGAACAGGGUCUGUUUCGGCAUCAGCCUCGGCCCAUUCUCAUUCUUCGCCCAAUAAUAAUAACCAACAACGACAGAGACGGCCAACUAACCGGCCCGUGAACCGAACAACAAAGCAACCCCAAAAAUCGAAACAACAGAAAUGAAAAUGGAAACUAAACUUUAAUCGAUGCAUAUAAAUUUUAAUCCGAAAAAGGUACACUGUAUGGGGGCAGCCCCCGAAUAAAUGUAACUUUGAUUUUCAAA